AUGUUGCAUGCGAAGGUGUUGCCACAAGGAAUGGGGCAUACCACUUGUUGUUUUUUGCAAGUGGAAGGAAGCUCAGACGACCAAAAAUUUGUUUUAAAUGAAGAUUCAUCGGAGCGAAUGGACAUCGAACAGUUGCAAAGACUAGGACAUGCAAUGAGUGACAGUAACGUUUCACUUUCUGCAAUGGGCCAAGACUCACUUUUACGUAUCUUUUAUCCCAAAUCAGCAUCACGUUUACUACAGAACGAUGUUGUUAUCGUGGACAGUCCUGGUGUAGAUCUGUCACCGGAAUUUGAUAGUUGGAUUGACAAACAUUGUAUGGAUGCGGAUGUAUUUGUUUUGGUUUGCAAUGCUGAGUCAACCCUUACACAGGCUGAGAAAAGUUUUUUCCAUCGAGUGAGUUCGAAGCUGAGUAGACCGAAUAUGUUCAUCCUCAACAAUCGAUGGGAUGCAAGUGCAGCCGAAGUGGAAAAUAUGCAACAGAUCCGAGAACAGCACAUGACGCGAUUUAGGCAGUUCCUUGUAAACGAACUUAAAGUAUGUAGUGAAGCAGAAGCCGCAAAUCGCAUAUUUUUCAUAUCAGCACGUGAAAUGUUGGAUGUGCGAUUGAAAGAACGAGGAGUAAUACGACAUGCUUAUCAAGUUGAAGGACAUCAGUAUCGUGCGAUGGAAUUUUGUAAUUUCGAAACACAGUUUGAGCAACUCAUCUCGAAAUCUGCAAUCAACACUAAAUUUGAGGCUCAUGCGCGGAGAGCCCGCGAAAUAGUGGGAGAAAUGAGAAAUAAUCUGGAUGUUGUACAGAGCAGUACUCUUAAAAGAAAGACUGAAUUGCAAUUAGGUUAUACAGCGAAGGAAGCAGUAUUUAAGGAAUGUUUAAAUAAUUGGAAAGAAUUCGAGCGAUUUGCUGUCAUUGAAUCCCAGAGAUUGAGGAAUGAAGUGCAUUUGAAAGUAUCAGCGGAUUUCUAUGAAGAAAUGCAAAAACUGGAGUCAAUUAUUGACAGAUUUGAUGACAGAUUCAUCGACGAACCUGCUUCCAUUGAAGACUAUAAAAAGAAUUUGGCAGAUUUUGUGGAUAAAAUUGUGACGGAAGAUUUGGAAGCGCGUUGUACCAGAGGUCUUAUGCAGCGCAUUUGGAAUUUGGAAAAUUCCAUGUAUUUACAUGUUAACCAGAUACUCGCGGAACCAUAUACUAAAAAGUUGGAGCAGAUUUGGCGAUAUCGACCUCCGUUCAAUUUUUCAAUCUGCAUCAAUUGUCCGUCAUUGAUGCAAGACUUUCGGGAAGAUUUGGAAUUUCGGUUUUCAUUCGGUAUUACAGCGAUCAUCAGACGGAUUAAUGCAUAUCGUUUAGGAAAACCUAUAACUGCUGUGGGUAAUCAACCACUACUUGAUGCUUUCAGAAGUUACAGUAAACAAGUAAACACAGAAGUUGGGGAAGGAAAUAUGCAGCACAAUUGUCAAGAAGAAAUGCAAGUGAUAACAGCUGCUGAUUCACAGGAAAAUGCCGUAAUGGCUCAACUUUUACUUUCUUCGAUUGGUUACGUUGCUAACGGUGGACUUGGCCUUCUUGUUAUAGGCGGAAUAGUUUCUAGGGCAGUUAGUUGGCGUUUUAUCGCUGCUGGAGUAGCGUUAUAUGGUGGUUUGUACGCUGUGGAGUACUGGCGUUGGAAUUCUGGUGCAAAGGAGCAGCAUUUGAAAGAUCAGUUCCGACAUCAUUUAAGUGCGAGGAUGCGUAGUGUUGCAACUACACAUACGUUGCACUGUGAAACGCAAGUUUUAAGGGAAAUGCAACAAGUGCUUGGAGGCCUAAAAAGUACAGUAGGUGGUGUGCAUCAGGAAAUGAAAACAGAGCUUGAUAACAUGCGGAGAGAAAUUGGGAAAAUUGAUCAUGUUACCAAAGGACUUAAUACAAUAAAAGGCAAAGCAUCAUUCCUGAACACAGAUUUGGACCGUUUCGCGAGUGAAUUUUUGAAAAGUGGUUCACAUUCACCGGUAACUCAGCAGUGAACAUUGUGGGAUAUGUUCAUUUAUAUGCACAUUAGUCGGCAGCUUGAUUUUGAAGUUCCUAGCACUUCUAAUGUCUUAAUGUUUCAGUAGUAUUUUAAGGUAAAGUAUAAAC